GCGAAGAAAACGGAAAGUAGAGAGAAAAAAAUAAAAAAAAGGAGCUGGAUGGAUUCACAUGGCCUUUGUUCUUUCUCUCUCCACCAUGAUCAUUACCAACAAAACUGAUUGAAACCCAUCUGUACUCUCUCUCUCUCUCUCUCUCUCUCUCUAUCACUCUUCUCUUCUCUGCCUCUAACGCCAUGGCUGACGAUAAGGAGAUGCCGGCUGCUGUAGUUGAUGGAGGACAUGAUCAAGUCACUGGUCACAUUAUCUCCACCACUAUCGGUGGUAAAAACGGAGAACCUAAACAGACAAUAAGUUACAUGGCCGAGCGAGUUGUGGGCACAGGCUCCUUCGGGAUAGUUUUCCAAGCCAAAUGUUUGGAGACAGGAGAGACCGUGGCUAUCAAGAAAGUAUUGCAAGACAGGAGAUACAAGAACCGAGAGCUUCAGCUGAUGCGCGUGAUGGACCAUCCGAACGUGGUUCGUUUAAAGCAUUGCUUCUUCUCGACCACGAGCAAAGACGAGCUUUUCCUCAAUCUUGUUAUGGAGUAUGUCCCCGAGAGCUUGUACCGUGUUCUGAAACAUUACAGCACCGCAAACCAGAGGAUGCCUCUUGUCUACGUUAAACUCUACGUGUACCAGAUCUUCCGGGGACUUGCCUACAUUCACAAUGUUGCUGGAGUUUGUCACAGAGAUCUUAAGCCUCAAAAUCUUCUGGUAUGCAGUUAUAACAUUCAAGAUUCAACUCUUGUGUUUGCUAAUUUGUCUCUUUGUCUACAGGUUGAUCCUCUUACACAUCAAGUCAAGAUCUGUGACUUUGGCAGUGCUAAACAGCUCGUUAAAGGUGAAGCCAACAUUUCUUACAUAUGUUCAAGAUUUUACCGUGCACCUGAACUCAUAUUUGGUGCCACCGAGUACACAACUUCCAUUGAUAUCUGGUCUGCUGGUUGUGUCCUUGCUGAGCUUCUUCUUGGUCAGCCAUUAUUCCCUGGAGAGAAUGCUGUUGAUCAGCUCGUUGAAAUCAUCAAAGUUCUUGGUACACCAACUCGAGAAGAGAUCCGUUGUAUGAAUCCACAUUACACAGACUUUAGGUUCCCACAGAUAAAAGCACAUCCUUGGCACAAGAUUUUCCACAAAAGAAUGCCUCCAGAAGCGAUUGAUUUUGCAUCGAGGCUGCUUCAGUACUCUCCUAGUCUUAGAUGCACCGCGCUUGAAGCUUGUGCGCAUCCUUUCUUUGAUGAACUGAGAGAACCAAAUGCUCGUUUACCAAAUGGACGGCCUUUCCCGCCUCUCUUCAACUUCAAGCAAGAGGUAGCUGGAGCAUCACCUGAGCUGGUCAACAAGUUGAUUCCAGACCAUAUCAAGAGACAAUUGGGUCUAAGUUUCUUGAAUCAGUCCGGAACUUGAAAAGGAACAAUAGAGAAGAAGUUUUUAUAUAUGAAUGUACCACUACUCAGAGGCAGAAGGUAGUUGAAGGCAGGACACAGUUCGAAGUUUUGAUGGUGAAAAGAAAAGCUUGUACAGCCUGACUUCCCCAAAUCUGCAAGAACAGCCAAUUCAGUUUUGUAUCUUCUUCUUCUUUCUCCUUUCUAAGUUUGGUAAAAAAAAAUAGAAUUAUCCUAUUUUGCUUCAUUCUUUCUGCAUCUGUAAAUGAGUUUAGUUCAGAGUUUUCUUAUAUAGUAAAGUUUGAGCAGAAGGUGAAAGAAUCUUAGUCAAAGAGAUCAAAAGUCUUACAAGAAGAGGAAGGCUUUCUCUGUUUUUGUUUCUUUUCUUUUCUACUGUUGAAUUUUUGUUGCUACUACCAAUUUUUGUGAAAUGGUUUGCUUAUGACUCUC